CACAUGCAGGUCGGUAUUUAAACGCCUGCAGGUUAGCUCACCUCGUCCGAGACAAGUGAAGAGGAAGAGGAGGUUUAACGCUGCGAGUGAUUAAUUCAUGUGGCGAUAAUGGAGUAAAACCGUCGCAGCGCGAUCGUCGUCCACAGAUUAAAAACAGUUGGCUGCUUAAAUAAGGACAAUACCUGCUCAGAUACUGCUUUAACACACCGUGUGGGGGGUUCAAUGGAGUCCAAAACUGUAGUAAAGGAGAAGUUUUUCAUCGUGAUACGCGGCAAGUCGAGGAAAGGCUUCUGCCGCGGGUGUAUCGGCCGUGUGGAGGCGGAGACGCAGCGCGGGGAGCUGAUGGGGCUGCUGUACUGCGGGGGCAGCAACGCAGGGACCCCCAAGAGCGGAGGCAUCGUGAGGCGGGAGGACACGUACCCUCUGACCCGCCAUCAGGCCCAGCUGCUGCUCUUCGUCUCCUCCCCAAGCAAACGUCUGGAGCUGCUGUGCAACCCCCAGCUGUUCUCAGCCAUCUGUGAGCUGUCUCAGGAUGACCUGGUGGUGGUGAAGCACAAGAAGGGACACCUGCCCGGCCUGGUGAAGAACCUCAUGCAGAUCGGGAGGAAGGAGAACAAAGAUGACCUGCAUAUGCUUGGCUUCGAAGUGGAAUUUAUGGACAAUGAUCACAAUUUGUCAUCCAAGAAACCUGCUGCUCUGCCCCUGUUCAGUGCCACAGACAUCGUCCAGGUGGUACCGUCUUAUGCCGCUCCCCUCGGACUGCAGUGGAAAGACGGCCAAUAUGGGAGUCUAAACCGAAAAGCGGUGACGCGCAUAAACUCCAUGCCAAAUAUAGGAUCUUCGGCACGGACUGUCCCCCAGAGCCACAGAUCAAGUACAUGUCAUGUGCCUUUGGAUGUGGGAUCCAUUGUGGAGGUGGUGUCCAACUCAGGGGUUACGGUGUACGGAGUGGUUCGGUGGUUGGGCGUCCUUGCCGGAAAGACUGACGAAUGGGCUGGGAUUGAAUUGGACUAUGAGGUGAACGGCUGCUCUGAUGGCAAGUAUGGAAGCCAGAGGUAUUUCACCUGCAAAGGGAACAGGGCGUUGUUUGUUCCCAUGACAAAGUGCAGCCCUGAUAGCAGGUUUGGCGGCUCUUCCACUGGAAGGGACACCCCCAAGCCCACCGAACUGCCUCCAGUUCCUCCGUAUGAGGACUCGGAGGAGGAUGCGCCACCUGUCCCCGAAUCAGAGGCCUUGUCUUUGUUAGUAGGAAAGAUGAAAGGGAUUCAGGGUCACAUCAACUCUUGUUACCUCGAUGCCACACUCUUCAGUUUGUUCAGCUCCUCCGUCACCCUGGAUGAUAUCUGCCAGAAGCCUGCUGAGACGGAGCAACCAAUAACCUGCUCUCUUAGAAAAAUCGUCAGCCGUUUACGCAGACAAGGGUUUGUGCCUGCUGAGAGUGUGAUGAAUUUCCGUAAACAGCUUGGCUGCGACACGUUCCGUACUGAGGAAAAAGACCCAGAGGAGUUCAUCACACUCCUUUUUCAGAAGGUGCUUUGCGUGGAUCCACUGCUCAAGCUCAGGUCAAGAGAGGAAACAUCUCAAGGUGCCUACACCUUCCAGAUCUUUCUGGAAAAAGAACAGAUGGGACAGAUUCCCACUGUCCAACAGCUGCUGGACACAUCCUGUCUGUCAGGUGACCUCAAGUUCGAAGAGAUGCCGUCCUGUCUAAUGGUUCAGAUGCCAAGGUUUGGAAACAAGUAUAAGAUGUUUUCUCAUAUCAUUCCUUCCACUGAGCUGGACAUCACAGAUCUCCUAUACAACUCUCCAAGGGAAUGCUUUGUCUGCGGGCAUUUGGCACAACAUGAGUGUCUACAGUGUCUAACAGACCGCAAACUACAGCCGGGGAGGAUCAAACAGUACUGCAGCACAUGCAACACACAGGUGCACACCCAUCCUUCGCGGCAGGAUCACUCCCCCAAAACUCUAGCAGUACCAGAAAAUGUAGCCUCUGGUACUCCUUUGCCCAGACGCACGAUGCAGCUGUUUGCUGUGCUCUGCAUUCAAACCAGCCACUAUGUGUGCUUUGUCAAAUAUGGGCCUAAUCCUCAGUCCUGGCUCUUCUUCGACAGCAUGGCAGACAGAUGCGGUGACGAUCAGAACGGCUACAACAUUCCCGAGAUCCGAGCUUGUCCGGAGCUGGGUGACUUCCUGUCCCAGCCGGAGGAGGAGCUAGCUCGGGCUAACCCCUCUCAAACUCCUGAACUAGUGCACAGACUGCUGUGUGACUCCUACAUGUGUUUGUACCAGAUGCCGCCUGAGACACUUUCAAAGCCAAAUCAUCAGGAGUCGUAAAUGCAUGCGAGGACGAGGACACAAUGUUUUCAUAAUAGUGCCUUAUUAACCUUGUGUUGCUGCUUAACCAGCAAGAUUUUGUGCUUGUUAUAUCCAAACAGCAGGAACGGAAAUGGGUGCUUUUAACCUCAUUGGGGGUGAACAAUAUUGUAGUUCAGAAAUUUGACUUUGGAUGAUCUCAGUCAGAGCUGACGUUGAUACGUAAGGAGAGAAUGAGCAGUAAAAAAUCAGUGCUCUGAACUCCUCUUCAUUGCCUCUUUUCUCUUGAAUGUCUUUAUAUUGUUACACUGUAGUUAUUUAUGCCAACAUUUUUAGAGGAAAUUGUAACGUUCCAAUGUUUUUCAUGACUUUAAUUUACCAUGUAAUGGACAAUAAACACAGAAGGACAAACUUGGUGA